AUGUCGGCUCCCGCGAGCGUGAGGGUAUCCGGCCCUCCCAAUAGCAGCUUCCUCGUGGGCUACCCCGGCAUCUCUGCGACUCUGCCGCGCAUCGAAGGAAAGGUCGAGAUCCGUCCUGGCCAGGGCUACUCCAUGCCCGUACCCAUCUCCCUCGUUCGAAUAUGCCUUCAACGCCGAGAAACCAUCCACCCCGACGCCGACAGCCUCGCGAAACGACAUCUCGGCGCCCCCCGACGGGAGACUACAGACCUCGUCGGCAAGGAGCAGCUUCUCUUUCGUUGCGCAUCCGGGAGGGAGGCCGAAAAGGUCAUCGCCAUGGACCUCCCGUUCGUCCUCUUUAUUCCCUACGGCCGCGGCGGAGAAGAGUCAAACCGACGCAUCCCACCAGCCUCUCUCCAGCUCCCGAGUCGAACCGCCGAGACAUACUACGAACUCGUCGUCACGGUCCAGCAGGGCCACAGCAACCAGUACAAAUACAGCUUCCCUAUACCACUUCUGCGCUACGAUACCCUCUCCACUUUCGGCAUGUACAACAAACCCGAGUCCAAGCUCGUGACCAACGACAACAUAGUUCACCUGGGCAUCAACCUCCCACGAUGGAGCUACGGCCCCAGCGACCCUAUCACAGUAUAUAUCAAGUUGUCACCAAACACCGACUGGCUGCACAAGGCAAAGCGAGUCACCAUCGACAAGAUCACCCUGACCAUCGAGGAGGAGAUUACAUACAACCCGGAGGGCGACGAACCCUCAAAGAAAGUAAACAAGAUAUCAAGACAGGUCCAGGUGGUCAAGACGAAAAUACCCGAGGCAGGAUAUGCCACCAACAUAGGCCUCAACUUUCCUUCAAAGGAUUUGCGCGAUCCAGAUGGAAUUAUCAAGAGGGGAAAACCACAGUUCCCUCUCUACGAGGUCACAUCAUUUACCACGACCUCGACGCUCUACAAGAUAGAAUUUUAUCUCAGCAUCAAGGUCAAUUUGAGCGGCGCUCGCGACGUGACCCUACGACAACCGAUCGUCAUUUGCCCCCUCGACCAACAAGCCUGUAAAGAAGAGAUGGACGCCAUCGAGCAAGCGGCCAAGGAAGCCUCACACGUCGACCCCAAUAACCCCAUGCUGCCCGCGCAGACCAUUAUCCUCGCCAACGACCGCGACUCAUUACGAGCUCUGGGCCUUUGCAUGGUGGGCGGACAAAAGAAGCCAUUCAUUGAGUGACGAAAAUACGGGUUCCGAGAUAGUCACCUUAUAGCAGCCUCCAGAGCCGCACGCCACGUCCGCACGAUGACGGAGAGACGCCUGCUGCGCCCCGAAUAUCGCUGCAGGCAGUGCCGCGUCGGAAGAAACAAAUCUCCCGCGUCAGGAAUCCCUCCAAGGCCGAACGUCACAGCACUCCGGCUUCGGAACUGGAUCGCACCGGCAGCACGACAGAGGAAGCGGAGAUGGAUGGAGGCGACGGUUGGAGUCGAUUCACGGGGGAGGCCAGGUCCGCCACUUGAAGUAUACCCAGGGGCGUUUGCAUUUCAGGGGUUUGGCGAAGAUGGGAUGGGGCUCUUAUAAUCGGGCAUAGUUCAUGGCGUUCCGGAGGACUACCUAGGAGGGGGGAUUCUGGGCACAGGCAGUGGGCAAGUGCACGACAAGCAAUGUUUAGUAGAUGUCGAUACGAAGUAGCGAGAUGAAUCAAGAUGUAUUGAUG